AAUUCCAGCACAAAGUUGAUUUUAGAGAGAAGAAGAGCACUGAUACCAGCAUCCAAUUUGAGCUCAAGACAGAGAUACAGUCAUGUUUGCAAUUCUUCUGAUUGUGUCAAUGUUUAGCCAAGGUCUUACAAUAGUGAGCUACGGCAACAAUUUCAUCACAGCAUUUCCAGAGAACAUAGCAUACUUUUACCCAAACACUUCAAGUAGUCUGAGAGUCACCGCCCUCCUUGAUGGCACUUCUGUCGACAUCUUCUACAACGGCGACAAAACACCAACGAAGACGAUAUCAAACAUGCAGAAAGGCCAAACCGCAGUUGUGGUGUUUCCAAAAUCUGCUGAAGUAUAUCAACUCGACUACUCCACUAAAUCUAUCCGAAUUAACAGUAACAAAUUCAUUGCAGUACAUUCUCUCACUAAUACAAUUAGCACACUUAACGAAAAAAGUUACCAGAGCAAUGUUGUUCAACCUAAUGAAAAUCUCGACACGCAUUAUUUGAUCCCUUCACUGAACUACACAAACCUUGUCACAACAUUCGGUUUAUCCCAGUCAGCUUUCUGGUCUAAAAGAUACGGCUUAUUCAAACUGGUGAUCAUCAAUGCUGAGGACACUGAAAACAGUAUCACGAUAGUCAAGAACAUAUUAGGCAGCAUUCAAUUAGUAAAGUUCACAAUCCCAUCAUACCAACUCAUCCAAUUGCAGGCCGAUGAUUCAAUGAUGAUGGUUAACUCGAGUCAUAAAAUAGCUGUGCUGCUGACUCACCCGUGUCUAGAUAAUACAGACUGUACAUGCAGCAUGAUAGUCAAUCAGAUUCUUCCUGUGAGAUUUCAGGGUCAGAACUUUGUGGUGCCCUCAAUUCCAGAUAUAAACCAGAGACAGUUAGUUAUGACAUCAAAUGACAAGACAAGCUCGCUAUCUCAAAACAGUAAUCAAUUAACUCCUAGUUCAUCAGGGUUCCUGUCACUUUCAGAUCUGAACAACCAGUAUGUAACCGCGUCGAGUAGCGUUUCCCUCAAACUAAUAAUUUCAGGAAAUUUCAUUGAAUUGAUUCCAGAAAACAUGUUUUCUGCCUGCUACCUGCUGCAGCAUUAUUCAACCUCCCGGAAAGCACUUGUGAUAGCUAAAACUAACGAAAAAGCUCAGGUGCAAGCAGGUUCAAACCCAAUUACAGGCACUGGCUGGACUUUGAUUCCUAACUCAGUAUACUCUUCAACUGAAGUGACUUUAACAGACCAAACAACCAUUAUCUGGCAUCCAAGCUCAAAGAUUGCUGUUUACAUACUAGAUGCUUUCUGGACAGGCCCAGCUAUACCAAUAAAUGAUAACCCAGAUCCAAAUGGCUGUACGACUCCUGGAGAUUUUGUAGUUGGAAAUCAACCUCUUAAAUGGACUGAGUCCCUGGAUUACUGCACAAACCAUUACAAUGAAUUUGCCUGUCCUACAGAUGAAGACCUCCAGAUGGAUUUAGCCAAUAGCGUUGAUACAACAGAUGCGGAGGGUUGGAUCGGUCUACGCCGUAGUCUAAUGACUAAAGCCUGGUACUGGCAGACGAGUACAACAUCAGCAUCAUCACCACCUGUGAAUUACGUUUACUGGGCCAAUGGGCAACCACAGAACAACACGAUGGGAUUUUGUGCUUCAUUGUCACUGGAUGGUAAAGAUGAUUUCAAAUGGAAAAGUGCAAGCUGCUGUGAGGAAAAGCUUCCUGUUUGCUACAAACGCCCAAUAAUAUUUGUUCCUAUAUUUCCUCUAAUGGAGACAUAAAUUACUAUACAGUGUAUAUUUAAAGCACCACAAAUAUAUCACAUAUAUAUUUUUAACAACCACCUGUUGUCUUUACUGGUACCAGUCAUUGUAGUUUUUUGAUGGGAGAUCAGGAAAAUCAUGAAAAAUACAUUUGUAAUGCAUGUACUAAGACAUGUAAUGUCUGUGGGCUUCAAAUUAUGUUUAAAUUAGCAUCAAGACAUAAAACAUUAGUAUGAAAUGUAAGCAGGUUUUUGAAAUGUACUCAAAUCCAUUUCGAAGUUGUAGAGUACCUUUUCAAAACAAUUUGCCUAAAAGUAAAUAUCUAAGGCCUGAUCUGGACUCAUAUUUAUUCAAACUAAAUAGCAUUAAUACUGUAAGUUGUGUAUUAUGAUCACACCAUAGCAUAAGUGAUCGUCCCACUGAAGGCUUUAAUUAUGUUAAAGCACAAUUCUGUAAAGCUGCCUUAAAAGAGUAAGCUGUAUACUGU